AUGUUUCACGACUUCUUAAAGUUUUACUAUAGAAGAUUGGGCAGAGUAGGGACGCAGUACGUUGAACGUGGAGACUAUGACCUGGCACUGCUCUCGGAUGAACUCCAAAUCAUCGACUCUGCAUCUUGGAACACGCUUGUGCACCCAGGGAUGAAAAUUGGCAUGAAUGCUGUCCUUCACUUAGACAACGUCGACGUGCAUUCCUGCCCUAGUUGCAAGACGGAUAAUGCCGGUGCCCGAACAUAUCAAGGUGGAAUUAGUUGGUGCGUGAUAUCACAACAACAACCUUCUGAGGUCGCUGAGUUGCUCUCUCGAAAGUAUAGCAGACAUUGUCAGACCUGGUUCAGAGUUUCCGAUAGCUACAUUGAAGAAGUCGGUGACGAACGAGCACAGGAACCUGUAACAUCGUCUGGUCCCUCGCAAACGCAGCGACCCAGCAUCGCAAUGGAAGACGACGCCCGCUUCCUCCGUCGCAUUCGCGUCAUCCGGACGCGCGCCGCCAAGAUACGCAAGGCCGACGAACAUACAAAUCCGAUCCUCAUGAGGAUGACUAUAAAGUAUGUUCAGGUCUCGGAGGAGGAAAUGCACAAUCAGGGCGUCCCGGGACAAUUCAUCGAAUACAUCGUGGCAAAUCGGCAGGCGAUUCUUCGCUACCUGCAGGGCCGGGGUUUUGUAUCUCUCGAUGGGUUUGUCACGCCCACGGGCCUUCGGAUUGGUCAGGAAACAACAAUGCAAUGACAGCGGCUUCGCCUACUGCGGGAUUGGUGCGACAGGUUUUGAGAAGGUAAAUGGAGAAUACCGAUACACAGAGCGGGGCCUAGAUAAUAUUGAAAAAGCCAGUUACCCCGUCGGGCUUCAGAGGAAGAGAUGCGGAAGGCGUCCCUCUCGAAGUCUUUCAUCAACCUUAUCGUGACGAAUUGGGAGAAGGUCGUACAUCAUAGUCAGUCGUUGGGCGAUAUGCCUCUCUUUGAUCAGGACUCAGUAGACUAUACGAGUUCGACUGAUCGAGCCACAUCAUUUCUUGACCGAGUAUAUUCUGCACUUGUCGGUAUCAUCUUAUGAAGUUUGCGAUGCUCCUAGAGCAUAUUCUUGCACAGGGCCAGUUAGAGCAGCGUCUGUAGAUUGGUCGUCGCCGUCCGCAUGGGGUACACGGCGUUUAUGUGUAUGGACUAUGACUGUUCAAACUCCAAAUUUAGACUCUGGGUUAC